AGAGACUUGAUGGUUCUGUACGAGGUGAUUUGAGAAAGAAAGCUUUAGAUCAUUUUAAUGCUGAAGGCUCUGAGGUAAAGUUAUAGUAUAAGUAAUUAUAGUAUUUAGUAUUAUUUUAGCCUGACUGUAGGGCCUUUACUCGGCAGGUAGCAAUUGAUUUGCAGGUAGCAAUUGAUUUUCAGGUUUAUCGACUUCAUGACGUCAUGAGGUAGAAACCAUGUAUUGCCUGGUGAAUUUCCAAAUUUAAAUUUAUAUAUUCUGAUUAGCUUGGAAUAACAACUCGGCAUAUGAAUUAUGCAAAACGUGAAUUGGCGUGACUUUUUUUCUAAUAUGUCAAAAUCGCUGUUUUUUCACUAGGAUUUUUGUUUUUUAUUAUCAACCCGAGCUGGUGGACUGGGAAUUAAUUUGGCGACCGCUGACACGGUUAUUAUAUUCGACUCUGAUUGGAACCCUCAAAAUGACCUGCAGGCUCAGGCCAGAGCUCACCGUAUUGGACAGAAAAAUCAGGUACGCAUCGCAUUUGGCACCAUUUUGAAUUUUUAAAUAAGCCAAAAUCAAAAUACAUAGCAUAUCAAGACCACAAGAAAUUGAAACUCCAAAAUAGAAAGCAUUCAACUUGCAUACAAUGUGUAUAAUGGCAGUUCAGCUUUGGGUCGGAAGCUUGAAUUUUGUUUCUAACAAUGAUUCCAAUGAUUUUCUCCAAUGCAAACUCCAUCAUAAUCUGCACAUUUCAGGUGAAUAUCUACCGUUUGGUUACAAAAGGAAGUGUCGAAGAAGAAAUUGUAGAAAGAGCAAAGAAGAAAAUGAUUUUGGAUCAUCUUAUAAUUCAGAGAAUGGACACCACAGGACGCAAAGUUUUGUCAAAAACUAACACCGCACCAUCUGCGUAAGUGUGUUUUGCUUAUCAUUUUUUCUUGGAUUCUUAACGGGUUAUUUGACAAUUGUCGAAUGAUGUGAAGAAUUCAUUAAAUCUUCAUAUCAUACGAAAACCGAAUUCAAGAAUUGUUUUAUUAUUUAUUUAAAAGAUGAAACAGCGUCCGGUUAUAGGAAGCCAUUUGUAUUGUGACACAAUUCCUCACUUGUUCGACUGUCGUCGUUGACACGACGUCAUAUAGCGUUUAUUCCCCAUAUCAAUGUUAUGAAGUCACUCCAGUGAACAUUAUGUCAAAAUUCCAUAUUUGGUCAAAAUUACCAUAUAUCACGAUUUCACAGUUCGGAAAUCAUGAAUUUUCUUAAUUAAAUAAAUAAUAAUACAAAACAUAGAUCGAGACCGAAUUCAUUGAGUUAUAUUCCAAAUCAUUUUUGUUGCUUCACCUUAUACCAUUUGUUUCAUGUUAUAAAGCGCAUUUUUUCUAUUCUUAAACAGGAACACGCCAUUCAAUAAAGAUGAAUUGUCGGCCAUUUUAAAGUUUGGUGCUGAAGAUCUUUUCAAAGAAGGUGAUGGCGAAAGAGACAAAGAAUUACAGGUUAGUAAAAUUACAGUAAACGCGGACGUCAUGCAUAUUCAUUAUCGAAGCUAUAUAGCGAGAAUUUAGCACAGAAAAUUUCAAAAAAUGUUUUUUUUUUAUUAUCUCAAUACAGGAAAUGGAUAUUGAUGAAAUAUUGAAACGUGCUGAAACUAGGGAGUCUGAUGAUCAACCAUCGACGAUGGGUGAAGAACUUCUGUCCCAAUUUAAGGUCGGUUUAAUUAUGCUCGUGGUUAUAUUGAAUGUGAUGUUGUUGCUUGCCUUUGUUUUGCCCUUGUUGUUAUUCUUGUUGUUUUCAAUGUUUCGACAAUUUUCAAAAAAUAUGGAAAAAUAUAAUCUUUUUAAAAAAAGUAUUGGUGUCGAGCUCUCGUGGUACCGUGGUCACCACGCUUAUCUUCCAAGGAGACUCGGGUUCAAUCCGGCCUCUGCUCAAGGUCUUAAAAUAAUUGAGGAGAAAGUGCUACCUUUACAUUGACAUUCGUAAAUGGUUAGACAUUCGCGUCUUCUCGGAUAAUGUCGUUAAAAUUAACGUAUGUAUUUGUUUCGUGAGCAUUCAGAUAUAAUUUGAUGCCCUUGAAACAAAGAAGUGCGUUGUGUUUCGUUUCGAUUGGAGUGGAAAUCAGACUUUAUUAAUACUCUUAAAUAAUUAUAUUGUAUAUAUGUGUUGCUGUAAAUAGUGGCUGACUAAAUAUUGAAUUAAUAUACUGUAAUUUAAAGUUGCAGGACCCCACUGAAAAACACUUCGGUGAUGUGGGUAUCCUGGAUAAAUAUGGAUAUAAUAGUAAUAAUAAAAUCAUAGGUACCUCGGACCCCCUAUCAAUUGGGGCAAUAGCUUGUUGGGAAAUCGCUGACCAAUGAGUGAGAAAAUUCGACAAACAAAAUAAACGAACAAUUUAUAACUUGGAUAAUAUAUAUAUUUUUUCAUGUUAUAAUUCGCGUCCAUGUAGGUGGCAGAUUUUGUGUCGAUGGAUUUUGAAGAAGAAAGUAAGGUGGAGGGGGAAGAUACGCCAGCGACCGAACAGAAAAGUUGGGAAGAUAUCAUUCCUGAAACCGAAAGAAAAACUCUCGAAGCAGAAGAGGAGCAACAAAAACAACUUGAACUGUAUCUACCGAAACGUCCUAGAAAAUCCGUUAAAAAGGUAAUUGCUUUGGAAUAUUCAGUGGAAUAUUAUAUUAAAAAAGGACAUUGGCAACGAAAUGAUUCGUGAUUCACCGUUACACGGUUUGAAACAGUUGUUGUGGUUGGUUACAGUAGGUUUUUAACCGUAGAGGAUUUUGCAAGUCAAAUCUUUCCCCAGAAUGCAGGAAAUGCCGUUUAAGAGAUUCGAAGUUUUCAAAAUUUUGAGGGGAAACAUAUCCAGGGAGUCGAUCGAAUUUGUCUGAAUUGCCCCUCCUCACCUAACUAUCAUCAUUCUGGCACUUAUGCAAAUUAAGAGUCUAUCGUAAUUUACAAUCUUUAACGUUAAAUAUCUAUAAUUCAGGUAAAAUUAUUUUACUAAAUCCUCUGAACCCGCGCCACAGUAAAAUUGGCGAAGUUGCCCAUACACUGGACGAGGAAAACUUGUGAUUCAAAACUUGUCAAUCUUUCUAUAAGAAAAUUACCACUGUAUUACUUUCAAAACUUCAUCUCCACAGAUGAACAUAGGUCAUCAUGAGCAGGAGGAAAAGAAGCCAAAACAAAAACGAAGAAAGAAAGCGACCAGUUCGUCUGGAGAUGAGUUUGACGAGAACUCGAAGAAGAAACGUGGACGACCACGGACUGUCAAACGUGAAGAUAUCGAAGGAUUUAGUGACCAAGAAAUAAGAAGGUAUGGAAGGUUUUCCUCAUGAAUUAUUAAUGAGUUGGUUGAUUCCAGAAAAAUCUGUGCUUUGAGGCAACCCUUCUUCGGGUUCUCCCAUUAAACUAACCACUUAGGAUUUAGUUGUCGAGUACUUGUAUCAUGCGCCUAGUUUAGCCAUGUGUAAAUGACAUCAAAUGAAUCUAAUAUUAUUUUCUUACUCAGGUUUAUAAAGAGCUACAAGAAAUUUGGUCGUCCAAUGACAAGGUUAGUCGAACUCCUCAGCAUAAUAACAACACAGGAUUUAUUUUAAUUCAACAUAGAAAAUAAUAUUUUGUAACUACCCGUUAAUAGCGUAGCUGAUCUGGCCUUUAUAAAACUGUCUAAAAGUUUACUAAUAUCUUUGUACUUUCUUUCAGACUAGACGUGAUUGCUGUAGAUGCAGAACUCGAAGAUAAGACAUACGAGGAGAUCGUGAGACUAGCCAAUGCAAUACAUGAUGGUUGUAUCAAGGAAAUGAAAGAAUAUGAUGAACGAUUAAAGCAAGAUCCUGAUUUUGAUGGUCAGUGAUGUUCGCCAUUUAAUUUUGCCAUCGCAUAAUUACACGCAAAUGUUGUGCGAAUCAUUUUUAACCCAGGAUUAUAAGACGAAGCAGUUUUUGAAUAACUUGUCGCUGAUUUAUUUUGCAGGUAAGAAGCGUGGUGCUUCUCUGCGUAUCGCUGGCGUAAGCGUUAAUGCUCCGUCCUUGCUGAAACAUGAAACCGAGCUGGAACCUCUGGCUGAUGCCAUUCCCACCGAUCCUGAGGAAAGGAAAAAGUAGGUUGAAAUUCUUACCCAGGGUGUCCACGGGCCUUGAAAAUCCUGGAAAGUCCUUGAAUUGGAAAAACAAUUCCAGGACUGGAAGGUGCUUGAAAACCAGCAGAAGUCCUUGAAAGUCCAGGAAUUCAUUUCUUUAACCUCCAGCUGUGCCAACAUUAGUGAUUUUAAUUAAAAUUACUGAAUAAAGUGAAUUAUUUGCUGGGCAAAUCUGUACCAUUUUCAAAGAUUUUUCCCAGUUCUAGGUCCUUGAAUUUACUGAAAAAGGGCCUUGAAAGUCCUGGAAAAGUCCUUAAGUUUCACCUUCAAAGGGUGGACACCCUGCCUCUGCUUACCUGUUCAAAUCAAUUGUCAUUUGUCAACUGUCACCAGCAAUUCAAAAUGUUUUAAUGUCUAUAAACAUACUGGGCAUUCAUGAAACAGCCUUUAUAUUUCUUUAUACGUUGCAUUCAUAUAAUUAUACGGUUGCAGAUAUCGUUUCACAAUUCCUGCAAAGAGUGUCCACUGGGAUAUUGAAUGGGAUGUGAAAGAUGACAGUAUGUUGUUGGUCGGAUGUUAUGAACAUGGUUUGGGAAGCUGGGAUACUAUUAAAGAUGAUCCUAAUCUUUCUCUCUCAAAGGUAAGACAAGUUUCGAACAACGAACUAAAAAUCUGAUGGAAUGUAAUAACCAGUUACACAGUUUUAAAAUCACAAUUCUAUAUUUUGUAUUCAGGUCAUGCCUCCAGGCAAUCUCAAACCUCAGGACAAACAUCUCCAAACUCGAGCUGAAUAUCUUAUCAGACUUCUCAAGCAAGAUGGCAUCAGAAGUAAAGCUGAAGAACUCAGACAGGUAUGUCAUAGUUUCGUAUUACGAUAGAGAACCUAUUGAUCCAUAUGAUGUGGCCGCGAUGAGCAAAUUCCCUGGAUUAGAAUUAACACACUCUGUUAUUGAUUCUGCACAUCUGUUUAUUUCAAAAUUUUUGAAAAGAAAAAUUCCAUUGAGCCAUACAAAGAUUUUUGUGAAAAUAUUUCCAAAUUUAUUAGGCAAGGAAGCUGCCGGAAAGUGUGCUUUGAAUGUUAGGUUUAUCUAGGAUUAACCGGAUUUUAAACUUUGGAAUUUCUUUUGUUUUCUUGAAAUAGUCAACCGAAAAAAUCAAGAAACAAAUUAAGAAACUCGAAAAGGUAAAGAUAACCAAAAAGAAAGUCGCGCCUAAAAAAGACGGCGAGAAGAAGAAGAAAGUCAAAACUAGCAAAAAGUCCUUGGCAGAUCAAAAUUUAGCCCCAGUUCCUGGCGCGGAUAAGGGUGACGAUCAAGGUCCCACACAGAAUGCAACAGAAAACGUCAAAGAGGAAAAUUCUCAUGAAGAAAGCAGCGAGCAGAAAAACGAGAAGCCAAAGAAAGUGAGGAAGAAGGUAUGUUCUAAAAAUUGCGAGAACCACUGAGUAUUUUAAUAAAAUAUAAAACAACCGUAACUCCGAAAAUAAACAUUUUAAUAUUCUAGCUUUCGACUAAGAUGAUUCCGUCGUUAUCAUUUCCUGAACAAUUUCCCUUACACGUAGUGUUAGUAUUCAAUUACUUACAUGCAUAUUUAGACGGAGAAAAAGAACACAACAAAACCAAAAGAAAGAAAAGCAUCGGAGGGUGAAGAAAACAAAGCAAGUGGUGAAGUCCCUUCUCAUCUUGUCGUGGAUAUGGACCAAACGACAUUUGGCUUGG